GAAAGAAGAUGCUUUCUUUCAUCCUUCAGUUCAUUCUUUGAGGAUCUUAAGACACCUGGAGAAAGAUCCUCUCUCAUAUAAACUGAAAAAUAUCAACCUUAGGAAGAAUGAACUUGUGUUAUCAGUUCAUCACUUUACAUCUUUCCCAAUAACUAUUUACCUGCACUUUGGCAGGCCUCAUUCAGCCUCUCCUCUACCUCUCUAACUCACAUUCACAAGCUUCGCCAGUGACCCACCGCUGCUCCUGCAGGCUGGGUACGGAGCUGGUCUGGCCGUGUGCCCCUCCAGCUCUGUGUGUUAGUGUGAGAUGGCGCGGCAGGAAGCAGAGGGUCGCUGCCGCUGUGGACUGUAAUGUCAGAGCCCAGCAGCCCCGGCGAGAGCCAGUGCGGCGCUCCCAGAUUCUUCGUGGGCUGCGCGGAGGAUGAGAGCGAAGGCCUGGACGACUACGCCAGCAUGAGGACAGACAUGGAGCUGUACGAAGACGACCUGGAGGAUGACUCGCCUCCAGAGCGUCAGAUCGUGGUGGGGAUUUGCUGUAUGAUGAAGAAAUCCAAGUCCAAACCCAUGACUCAGAUCUUGGAGCGUCUUUGCAAGUUUGAGUACAUCACAGUGGUCAUCUUUCCAGAGGAUGUCAUACUCAAUGAGCCGGUGGAGAAGUGGCCACUCUGUGACUGCCUGAUCUCAUUUCACUCUAAAGGUUUCCCCUUGGAUAAGGCAGUGAGUUAUGCAAAACUCCGCAACCCGCUGCUCAUCAAUGAUCUUAAUAUGCAGUAUUACAUACAGGAUAGGAGGGAAGUAUAUCGUAUCCUGCAGGAGGAGGGGAUAGAUCUGCCACGCUAUGCUGUGUUAAACCGCGACCCUGACAAACCUGAUGAGUGUAACCUGGUUGAGGGAGAAGACCAAGUUGAAGUUAACGGUGAAGUCUUUCCAAAACCCUUUGUAGAGAAACCAGUUUCUGCUGAGGACCAUAAUGUGUACAUCUACUACCCAACUUCAGCUGGAGGAGGCAGCCAGCGUCUCUUUAGAAAGAUUGGGAGCAGAAGUAGUGUUUACUCUCCAGAGAGCAGUGUGAGGAAAACUGGCUCCUAUAUCUAUGAAGAGUUCAUGCCAACUGAUGGCACAGAUGUGAAGGUGUAUACAGUAGGGCCAGAUUACGCUCAUGCAGAGGCUCGUAAGUCCCCUGCUCUCGACGGAAAAGUUGAGCGAGACAGUGAAGGCAAAGAAAUCCGCUACCCAGUCAUGCUCACUGCCAUGGAGAAGCUUGUGGCCCGUAAAGUGUGUCUGGCAUUCAAGCAAACAGUGUGUGGAUUCGACCUUCUCCGAGCCAAUGGCCACUCGUAUGUGUGCGAUGUCAACGGAUUUAGCUUUGUGAAGAAUUCCAUGAAGUACUAUGAUGACUGUGCUAAGAUCCUGGGAAAUAUAGUGAUGAGGGAGCUGGCUCCUCAGUUCCAGAUCCCCUGGUCCAUACCUACAGAGGCUGAGGACAUUCCUAUUGUACCCACUACAUCAGGGACCAUGAUGGAGCUUCGCUGUGUGAUUGCUGUGAUCCGUCAUGGAGAUCGUACACCAAAGCAGAAGAUGAAGAUGGAAGUGCGGAAUCCCAUGUUCUUUGAGCUUUUUGAAAAAUACGGUGGGUAUAAAACGGGCAAGCUGAAGCUAAAGAAACCCAAACAACUGCAGGAAGUUCUGGACAUUACCAGGACACUUUUGGCAGACAUAGGACAGCAUACUGACUGUGAAAUAGAGGAGAAGAAGUCCAAGCUUGAACAACUAAAGACUGUUCUAGAAAUGUAUGGCCAUUUCUCUGGAAUCAAUAGGAAAGUGCAGCUAACAUAUCUUCCUCAUGGACAACCCAAAACAUCCAGUGAGGAGGAAGAUACUCGUAAGGAGGGCCCCUCUAUACUGCUGGUGCUGAAGUGGGGAGGAGAGCUGACUCCAGCUGGCAGAGUUCAGGCUGAAGAACUCGGCAGGGCUUUUCGCUGCAUGUAUCCUGGAGGUCAAGGGGAUUAUGCUGGCUUUCCAGGCUGUGGCCUGCUCAGGCUACACAGCACCUACCGGCAUGACCUCAAGAUCUAUGCCUCUGAUGAGGGCAGGGUGCAAAUGACUGCUGCUGCCUUUGCAAAGGGUCUCUUGGCACUGGAAGGGGAACUGACACCGAUCCUGGUCCAGAUGGUAAAGAGUGCAAAUAUGAACGGCCUGCUGGAUAACGAUAUCGAUUCCCUCAGUGGCUGUCAGCAGAGGGUUAAGGCUAGACUUCAUGAGAUCAUGCAGAAAGAUGAAAUCUUCACAGAAGAAGACUUUGACCGGCUGGCUCCAACAUGCAGUAGCUCUCUGGUGAACUCUAUGAAGGCUGUGGAGAAUCCAGUUAGUACGUGUGAUCAAGUCUACACCCUUGUCCAGAGCCUCACCUCACAGAUCCGCAAAAGACUUGAAGACCCCAAAUCAGCAGAUUUACAGCUGUACCACAGCGAGACACUGGAGAUGAUGCUGCAGCGCUGGUCUAAGUUGGAAAGGGACUUCCGCAUGAAGAGCGGCCGCUACGACAUCAGCAAGAUUCCUGACAUUUACGACUGUGUUAAGUAUGAUGUGCAGCACAACAGCUCUCUGGGCCUGGAGGACACAUUGGAACUCUUCAAGAUCUCUCGAGCACUAGCCAACAUUGUCAUACCUCAGGAGUACGGCAUUAAUAAGGUGGAGAAGCUGGAUAUUGCGUAUGCCUACUGUCUGCCUUUAGUGAAGAAGAUUCAGCUUGACCUUCAGAGGACACAUGAGGACGAGUCUGUAAACAAGCUGCAUCCACUAUAUUCACGUGGAGUGCUGUCACCAGGCAGGCAUGUCCGAACUCGGCUGUAUUUCACGAGUGAGAGUCACGUCCACUCGCUGCUUAGCAUCUUCCGUUAUGGUGGCCUAUUAGAUGAGGAGAAGGACCAGCAGUGGAAUAGAGCCAUGGAUUAUCUGAGUGCAGUGACUGAGCUCAACUACAUGACCCAGAUCGUCAUUAUGCUCUAUGAAGACAACAAUAAGGACCCAUCCUCUGAAGAGCGCUUCCAUGUGGAACUGCAUUUCAGCCCUGGGGUCAAAGUAUCUGAGGAGGAGAGCGCUCCGAUGGGCUUUGGCUUCCGACCAGCCUCUGCUGAAAAUGAUCAGAAGCAAACAGACCCUGGUAGUUUGGAAAAUCUCUUACAAGAUGAGCCUGACCGCGCUUUGCCCCUUUCAGAGGCCAUCAGCACCCAGAGGAAAUCCCCUCUGAUCCGGAAUCGCAAGACUGGCUCCAUGGAGGUCCUGUCAGAAAGCUCGUCCUCUAAAGGGGGCAGCUAUCGCCUCUUCCCCUCCUGCUCACGUCAGUCUCCAGAGAUGAAGCAGAGCGGAUUAGGCUCUCAGUGCGCUGGUCUCUUCAGCACCACCGUCCUGGGGGGCUCCUCUAGUGCCCCCAACCUUCAGGACUACGCACGCACACACCGCAAAAAAUUCUCCUCGGGCAGUUUGACCUGUAAAGACGGAAUCCAAAAAAGUUUGAAGCAAAAACAUGAGUUGUUGUCUAUGCCGGCAGUAAAGAGAUUUUCUGUGUCGUUUGCAAAGCAUCCGACUAAUGUUUCAUCAACUUUUUAACCAUUCAACAAAGUCUCAAACCCUUCCCAUAUGCAUCGCUAUCUGUAGCCUCCUGCGGACAACUCUCACUCUCACCCAGUGACUCAGUGUUAAUCAGUUACGGAUGACUGUUUGUGUGAAUGAGUUUAAGCACGUGUUUGUUUCCUGUGAUUGUAUGUGCACAAGUCUGUGGGUGUAUUACACUGCAAAAAAUCAUGUUCUUAAUCCGUAUUUUUGUCGUCUUUUGCAUUUGGGAAGCAAAAUUAAAUAAGAUACACUACCGUUCAAAAGUUUGGGGUCAGUAGAUUUGUUUUUGUUUUUUUUCUUAAAAGAAAUUAAUACUUUUGAUCAAUUGAAUGCAUCCUUGCUGAAUAAAAGUGAUGGUAAAGACAUUUAUAAUGUUACAAAAGAUUUUCAUUUCAAAUAAAUGUUGUUCUGUUGAACUUUCUGUUCAUAAAAUAAUCCUAAAAUUGUAUUACAGCUUCCACAAAAAUAUUACGCAUGUAUAAUCUCAAUGUUAAUAAUAAGAAAUUUUACUCUAGAACCAGUUUCAGAUUUCUGAAGGAUCAUGGGAGAUCGAAGAAUGAAGUAAUGGCUGCUGAAAAUUCAGCUUUUCCAUCACAGGAAUAAAUGACAUUUUAUGAUAUAUGAAAAGGAAAAUUAUUUUAAAACUAUAAUAAUAUUUCACAAUAUUUUAGUAUUUUUGAUCAAAUAAAUGCAGACUUGGUGACCAUAAUAGCCCUUAGAAAACAUUAAAACAUCUUUCUAACCCAAACUUUUGAACAGUAGUAUGUGUCAGAAAGAAUAUCUUUAAUUUAAUUAAUUUGUUAAAAACAAUUUGACAGUGCACUGUGAAAAAUACAUUAAUUCAAGAUACAUUCUUUGCAAACAAGUUGUAAUGUUUUGUUGAAAUAUUGUAAUUACAUUUAGCUUGUAAUAUAAGGAUGUUUUGAUAUUUACAUUUACAUUUAGUCAUUAUCCAAAGCGACUUACAAUUGGGGAAUACAUAAACCGAUUAAUCUUAAAGAGGCAAACAGACAGAGGAAGUGCUCGUAAUACCAAGUCUCAGGCAAUUGUUCAAAUAAGUACAAGCUAGCAAGGGAAGGAAUAGAUAGAGAGAAAGACAAAGGUUUUUUUGUGUGUUUUUUAAAUCUAUUCCUGCUGAAAAAGUACAAAUACUACAGAUUAAGAUCAUGAUUUUUUUGCAAUGUACAAUUAUGAAUAGAUACUCAAGAUAAUGAAUCUGAAACACUACUGGACUGCACACCAAUGAGUGAACCCUUCCCCUGUCAACAGUUGUCAUUGCUCUGGUACUGUUGGACGGUGUUUUCACUGUAUUUAACUAUAGCAGAAAGUGAUUGUUCACAGAGAAAUGGUUCACCUCUCACUCUUUUACUCCAUUAAUCUUCUCUCAGUUUUAUUUAAAAUGAAUGUUGUUGUGAAUUGUAAUUAUGUUAAAUGUUGUGAAUGUUGAGCUAUGCAGCCAAGGAAUGUUUCCCCUUGGUUCUUCAUGGGAAGCAGCUUAAAAUCUAAAAUGCCACAAACGACAAAGACUUCUUUCAAAUUGAUAUAGACAUCUUCAGUCUAUGUGACUAAAACAACCUACCACACUUGCAUAUACAGAUAAACUAGCCGGUGUCUUUUGUGGUUCUCUACACUUCAUUGAUAGACACGUGCUGUGUAUAAACUGCAUGUUGAUGUUAUAUGGGUUAAGAUAAUCAGUGUUUUCUCUCUCGGUCUUGCAUAUGUUGUGAUCAAGAGCGGAGAUGUUGGAGAUGUUGUCCGGAGAUGUUGUCUAGCAUAAACAAACCUGAAUGGAGGUGAUAACAAAGGUCAAAAACAAUGCAAAAGAACCACUUGUGAAGUGAAGUGAAUUACUGCAGUGUGUUAUGUAGGUGUAUUUGGACACAGUUCUGUAUGUGUUCAGUACAUCUCAGGCAGAGCUUAAAGAUGGUCCCUGAUCCACCUACACAAUCCCCAUUCCCUGCCAGAUCCCACACACUCUACCCACCACACAUUCCAUCCAGCUCUCAAAACCUUUCACGUAGGAGCUUGUCGUCCAACCUAAUUAUGUUUCUGUAGUUAUUAAGAAAUACUCAUUUACCUUCAUGUCUCUGAAAUGAGUGCAAAUUCAGUUCAUUCAGCCUAAUUAUUACAUUUUGUGUUGUCCUGAUAAAGUGUGCACAUAUGCGAAUCAGGUGGAGAUCAAAUGUCCCCACAAGGAUAGUUAAACCUGUAAUCAUCUACAUUGUUGGCACCUCCCAAUGGUACACAUGAUGAAACAACUUAAUAAAAAAGACUGUAUAAUGUCUUAAUUAAAAUCUAAAAAAGCUAAAAGGUUUCUGCAAGGAGUAGGUGUAGAGUAGGGUGUAGCUAAUAUAAUUAACUGACUUAAAGGGGUCCUAUUAUGCUUUUUCACUUUUUGAAUUUUAGUCCGUGUGUAGUGUGUAUGUUUGGGCGUAAAAAGAUCUACAAAGUUACAAAUGUCAAAGUCCACUCCAAAGGGAGAUAUUUCGUUUUUAAAAAAUCCCUUUUCAAGAACUACAACGACCGGCUCGUUUGGACUACAAAGUUGUUUUCCUGUAUUUAUGACAUCACAAAGUGGCCCAUUAGAAUAUCAUUAAAAUAAAUCCCGCCUACGGAAAUUUGAAUGGUUGGCUGGUGGGGAGAACUCUUGGUUGAGCACUGCACGUUUCAAAAUCAAAACGCGGUGCGGGUGUUUUUAUAUCACUGUAUUUCUGAAGGAAACCGACUGUCUUCAGAAAAUUUUGGAUGUCAUUUUCAUUUAAUUUUGCAUGUAUUGUCUGAUAAAGCAGCGUUUGUGAGCGGAGCUCUGUUUUGUGUACAGCGUUACCAGGGAAACCUCGCUCUCUACUCCAACAGUGCCUCCUGCUGGCAGAGAAUUAAUUUGCUUAUAUAUGCAGCCACAAAUAGUGUAACUCUGUGGGACUAUGGUAUAAAUUCAACUGUAUAACAGUUUCACCGCAAUUCAUGUUAUAAUGUUAGAAUUAAAGAACAAUAAACAUAAUGCAUAUUACCGUUGCGCUUAUCUGUACAUGAAUGCAGUUAUUUUUAAGCUGUUGUUGACAUCCUAUCUAAAACGUGAUUUAGCCAAAAGAAAAACAACAACAAUAACGUUACCACUUUAAUAUGUCUUGUAAUAUCCAUGCGUUCAAAGGUUCUGCGCGAUCCUCUUGUUCAAUUUUCUUGGGGUCUGAAUUGAUAUGGCAAUAUUGACUAACUUGCUGUUUUGGCAAGGGGCGGGGCAGUACUGAAACACCAUCUAAGCUGUUCGCCAAUCACAAAGCACUGGGACAGCUAACCAAUCACAACACUUUUCGGAAGGCGGACCUUCAUCAAACCCAGAACUAAUUGAGCCGUUUGUGCCAGGCUGGGGAGAAAGAUAUUGUAAUAAUGUAAAUUUUGUGAAAAAUAAUACGAUUUUCAAACCACCAAGCAUGAGAGCAUGUUCUAGUACACCCCCAAAACAAAAUCAAGACUUUGUAAAAGAGCAUAAUAGGACCCCUUUAAUAUAAGUGGGAAAAUACACGGCAUGAUACUUGGUAUGCACUUUUUUCAGACUGUUGAGUCUGAAUUUUUUAAUUACUUCAGCUGUUAAAUAGAUUGUCCCUUAUAAAUUGCAUUAAUUAAUAACUUUUACAACUAAACUGUACAUAUAGAAUAAUUAGUUUUGUAAUAGGCCUAUUUUUAAAUUAUUGAAAUAAGUAAUCAUUUAAUUUUUUUUUUUAUUAAAUAAUUGAAUAUUCAAAUGAAAUAGACUGAAAAAAUAAUCAAUAUUUAUUACCAUCAGCAAAAUUACCAACAGUGGUGGUUAUGGUAAAGAUCUAUAAAAAUGGCCUUUACAUUUGCGUUCAAAAGUUUGGGGUCAGUAAGAUUAAGUCUUUUAUUCUCACCAAGGCUGUAUUUAUUUGAUCAAAAUACUGUAAAAACAGCAAUAUUAUUACAAUUUAAAGUAAAAGUAAAGU